GGGUUGAUACGAAAUUGAAAUUCACUCUUGAACCAUCUUUAGGUCAAAAUGGUUUUCAGCAGUGGCAUGAUGCACUUAAAGCAGUGGCCAGAUUGCCAACAGGCAUACCGAAAGAAUGGCGGAGAAAGGUUUGGCUGACCCUAGCUGAUCAGUACUUACAUAGUAUAGCCAUUGACUGGGAUAAAACCAUGCGUUUCACAUUCAAUGAAAGAAGUAAUCCUGAUGAUGACUCUAUGGGCAUCCAGAUAGUAAAGGACCUUCACCGAACUGGUUGCAGUUCUUACUGUGGCCAGGAGGCAGAGCAAGAUCGAGUGGUAUUAAAACGCGUUUUGCUGGCUUAUGCUAGGUGGAAUAAAUCUGUUGGCUAUUGCCAAGGAUUUAACAUACUAGCUGCACUUAUUCUGGAAGUAAUGGAGGGCAAUGAAGGGGAUGCCCUGAAAAUAAUGAUUUACCUAAUUGAUAAGGUGCUUCCUGAUAGCUAUUUUGUCAAUAAUCUCCGUGCUCUCUCUGUGGAUAUGGCUGUUUUCCGAGAUCUCUUACGAAUGAAGCUUCCUGAACUCUCCCAGCACUUAGACACCCUGCAAAGAGCUGCUAACAGAGAAAGUGGAGGAGGCUACGAACCCCCACUUACAAAUGUCUUCACAAUGCAGUGGUUUCUGACCCUCUUUGCCACUUGCCUACCUAACCAUACAGUUCUGAAGAUCUGGGAUUCAGUAUUCUUUGAAGGCUCUGAAAUUAUACUGAGAGUAGCUUUGGCUAUCUGGGCAAAGUUAGGAGAGCAAAUAGAAUGUUGUGAAACUGCAGAUGAGUUUUACAGUACCAUGGGCAAGCUGACCCAGGAGAUGCUGGAAGACAGUCUGAUUGACAGCAAUGAACUCAUGCAGACUGUUUAUACCAUGGCUCAGUUUCCCUUCCCACAACUGGCAGAAUUAAGGGAGAAAUACACAUACAACAUUACUCCUUUCCCUGCAGCAGUAAAAUCAACUUCACUUUCAGGAAGGCUAGGCAGAACCAGAGACAGUGAUGAGGAGAAUGACCUAGAUGAUGAAGACUCAAUUGCCAAUGCAAUUGGCUGUCUUGGACCAUUAAGUGGGUUUUUGGCACCAGAGCUCCAAAAGUACCAAAAACAGAUGAAAGAUCAGAAUGAAGAACAAAGUCUGGGUUCCAGUAACAUUGCAGAAUUAAGUCCAGGAGCAAUAGACUCUUGCCGAAGCGAGUAUCAUGCUGCUUUUAACAGCAUGAUGAUGGAGCGUAUGACCACUGAUAUUAAUGCACUGAAAAAGCAAUAUUCCAGGAUAAAGAAGAAGCAGCAACAGCAGGUUCACCAUGUCUAUAUCAGAGCAGACAAAGGGCCAGUUACCAGCCUCCUCCCUUCUCAGGUAAACCAUUCCCCUGUGAUAAACCACCUCCUUUUAGGAAAGAAGAUGAAACUGAAUAACAGGUCUCUCAAAAAUGCUGUUAUUCACAUCCCAAGUCAUGCUACGGGGAAGAUGUCUCCCAUUCCCCAAGAAGAUCUUAAACCAAAAUUGAACUCUCCGUGGCGCACUCACAUACGAGUUCAUCGAAAGAAUAUUGCUAGGGCCAAAGGCCAGCUGGGCUACGGGGAUACCAUAGGCCUAAUAGAUGAGCAGAGCGAGAGCUGUAAAACAAAUAGUCCUGGUGCAAAGGAGGAGACUUCCAAACAUUCUGACUUUGGAGAAAGAGAAGGAGGUGGUUUGGAUGACAGGACUACUCGAAAAGCUGACCAGCAGUCGUCUGAGCCGGUCUCUACAGACAGCAGUACAAACAUGUCAGUAGUUCAGCUAAAACUGGAAGCACUGGAACUCGCCUCAGAUAAUAACACUGAUGCUGAGUCAACAUCCCAUCAGUCCGGCCAGCCACGUUUAUCUGAGUCCUCCAGUUCAUCCAGCGACAGUGGAAACCUGGCUAAAUCUCCACAGGCUGGGAACCCAAAGCCGCAAGUCUUCAAUCCUUUUCCCAGUGUCAAGCCUCUUCGAAAGUCAGCUACAGCCAGGAAUUUAGGGCUGUACGGCCCCACUGAAAGAACGCCAACUGUACACUUCCCACAAAUGAGCAGAAGUUUCAAUAAGUCUGCCAGUGGCAACAGUGGGACCAGGAAACGAUGAGGUACUACCUGGCACUUUUUAUUUCUGACAGCAACAAAAAAUUUAUAUUGCUUUUUUUUUU